GCCCUAUUUCCCUCUUCUUUGUAUCUUCCGAAAGGAGAACCCUAGUUCCCUCUUCUUCGAAUCUGCCGACAAUCGCUACCUCUCAUAUGGUGAUUUUUCUCUGAACCUUCCCCGCGAAAUUGAGACCGAUUCAUUGCUGUGUAGUGUCUACUCGUCGCUCUAGUUUUGGGGAGCCGUUUCUUAGUUAGGCGCUGGUUUCAGAAUCGCCAUUCGGGUUUGCAGCGCUAUGCAUUAUCCGAUUUGUAGUGUUUGUUGUGUCGAUGCUAUGCUCUAUUUAUGGUGAUGCCCUUGAUUCUCCAAUUUUUGCUCCGUUUGCGUCUAUGGUUUGGUACCUCCAUCAUUCCUUUGUGCCUCGUGUGAGUAGUUUGUCGAUUAGGGUUUGGAUUUCUAAUCGGCGUUGCCUUCCUCGUGUGUUGCCGCCUCUGCUAAGUCUCGUGGUUUGAAUUUCUAACCAGCUUAACAAGGUUGCAUGCAGAGUUGCCAUUUUUGAUUCCUCUGACUCUUUUUGGAACUUUUGGUUUUGAUUUUCUCAGUUGAUUUACGUUUAUGUAACUGGAAUAUGACUUCUGGUUUUAUCCUUCAUUCUCAUAUAUGGUGUUCUUUUCCUUCGGUUUUGCUUUGUUGGUCUUUGCAAGUAAUCGUUGUUAGCUUUCAAUUGAGGUCAGCACCUACUGUGUGUUGCUUUUUGACCAUUAAACCACCUUUCUGUUGUAGGUAUGUCGCCACUGAAGAAGAAGAAGGCUGUUACUGAAAAGGGAGUGUCGAUCCCGAAUUUUUAUUGGGCGACAAGAUCAGGGAGGGUGCGGCCCGAACCUGCUCGGUCCACCGAAUCUGUAAGCGGGGCGAUUGGACGUCGAACUGCUGCCUCAGUAAACGAGGAUACUCAACGCAGAGACACUAUGAAUCCAGACGAACCCAAUGGCAACAAUGAUUCGGAGGAAGAAGCAUCCAAUCAUGAGACCGGAGAAGGUAGUAAUCCAACUGGAUUGGAAGGAGCCCCUGCGGCUAAAAAGAGGGGACUGUCCAAAGGGUACGAGAUAAUGAAGAGAACCGGAACUGGAGGCAAGAUAGAUGGAAUCUACGUGAUGGAGGAUGGGCAGUCAUUCGUAGGGCCAAAUGAGAGCUUGUUGAAGACAGAGUUGGGCGUCGUAACACGCCUGAUGGCCCCAAUAAGGAAGUACUACUGGUCCAAGUUGACUGAAGCAGACAAGCACCCGUUAUUCAAGAAGCUAGAGGUAAUUUCCGAUAACUCCUAGUUUGGCAUGAAGUAGGCUAAUCUUGACAUGUUUUUUUUUCGCUGCUGUUUGUUUGUUUUUUUUCGUACUGUAUUUCCUAUUAUAUAUUUCCCAGUAGUUUGGGUUAUGGGAGUGAGACGAGGCAGCAAAGCUUGGUGGCAGCAAAGCUUGUUGUUGCCUCAUGGGCAAGUCUCCCCUAUUUUCUCCUUUGCGGUUUUGGAGUUUGUAACCCAUUUACGUUGAUAAUUAGUUCGUGAAUGCAAAGUUGGGGUUUAUGUUUUAAUUGACUUGGGAAACUUCACUUUCUGUUGGUAAGUGAAGUAUAUAAAUUUUUUUCAUGUAGGAUCAAUUUGACAUAGACACGGAAGGUGCAGAUGCAAGGAAGAUUAUGGAGAAGAGAUGAAGAAGUGGUUCAUCAAUUACAAGUAUGUGAUGCACACUCACUACCUGAAAGACCCUCAGACAGCCAGGACAGACCCUCCAGUGGACAUGAACAUAGAUGAUUGGCAUAUGCUGUGUGAUCACUUUGAGAGUGAAAACUUUCUAGUAAGUAACUCCUUCUGUUUCAUCAUCAAUUCUUUCAUGUGUUACCUUGCCUUACAAUAAAUGGUUGCUAAUGAC